CAAAGAUUGUUUCACCAGUCCGCCAUUUCAAAUAUUUGAACUUCCCCAGUGACAACUUCGGGUCCUGGUGUAACUGUUAGUCGGGGUGCCAUAAUUUAUCUGCUGAUCUGGGGAGAGCGGCUGCGGGUUGUUUGUGCACAUGUGCGCUGGAGCUGUGGCGCUGGUGGGUUUCGGUCCGGUUCUGAGUAAAGGCGGAUGCUGUGGGACGCGUUUAACGGCGGAAAGGGGCUGAAGUUUUUUUUGUAUGAGCUGAGCUGAGCGCGGCUGGCGGAUCCGGACACACAGCAGGCCCGGGUGAAGCCUCGGCUUUUGGGUGGCAGCCAUGGCCGGACACUUCGACGCGGAGGACCGGGGUAGCUGGUACUGGGGCAGACUUAGCCGACAAGAGGCCGUGUCCCUGCUGCAGGGACAGAGACAUGGCGUGUUUUUAGUGCGGGACUCUAUCACCAGCCCCGGAGACUAUGUGCUGUCCGUGUCAGAAAACUCUAAAGUCUCCCAUUAUAUCAUCAACAGCAUCAGCAACAGCCGGCAGUCCGCUCCGGGCCUGGCUACUUCUCGCUUUCGUAUUGGAGACCAGGAAUUUGAUGCACUACCUGCCCUGCUGGAGUUUUAUAAGAUACACUACCUGGACACCACCACUCUGAUCGAGCCCAUCAACAAAGCCAAGUACUCGGGGAUUGGUGUCGCUAGCGCCGGGCCAGGAGGCGUUCCGCAAAGGCUUGAAGAGGAAUACGUCCGUGCUCUGUUCGACUUCCCUGGCAAUGACGAUGAGGACCUGCCCUUUCGAAAGGGUGAUGUCCUGCGGGUUUUGGAGAAGCCUGAAGAGCAGUGGUGGAAUGCACAGAAUUCAGAAGGCCGUGUGGGGAUGAUUCCUGUGCCGUAUGUGGAGAAAUUCCGGCCAGCUUCUCCCACGUCAGGGACCAUGUGCGGUGGAGGAACAGGCACUGUGGGUAAUUCAGAUGGCCAUAAUUCCCAAUCCCCUCCUCUGCUCGGUGAGCCAGGCCCGUAUGCCCAGCCCACGUCUUUACCCAACCUGCAAAACGGGCCCGUGUUGGCCAGAGCAGUUCAGAAAAGAGUUCCCAAUGCCUAUGAUAAGACGGCUCUUGCUUUAGAGGUCGGCGACUUGGUAAUGGUGACAAAGAUCAACGUAAACGGGCAAUGGGAGGGCGAGUGCAAGGGAAAGCGAGGUCAUUUUCCCUUCACGCACGUGCGCUUACUGGAUCAGCACAACCCUGAUGACGACCCGAGCUGAGAUUGAAGACUAGUUUUCCUAUACAGCCCUUAAAUGCGCACACCCUCUCCUCUCUCACCUCAUAACUGACGUGCCCAGCAGUAGCCUCUUCUACUAGAUCCUUUUCCUGUGUCCGUUCAUUCUGUGCCAUUGUGUCAUUCAUGCCAAUAUAUACAGCCAUUUCCUGAUUAGAUCUUAUGCGGUGAUUGAAGUUAAUCGUUCAGUAGACACUAAACACCAUGAACAUUUUCUUUAGUUUACCAUAGAUUGAAUGUUGGUGUGAUUAUUGCACAUUUUAAAAGAAAAGAGAAAAAAACGAAACAAAAAAGGGCGGGGGGGGGGGGGGAAGAGAAGUCUGCUUGGACUCCAUUUAAGCAGUUUGGUGUUGCUAUAAGGGACUGUUGCUCUGCGUUUGAGUAGCAUACACUACUCGUACUGAUUUGCUAAAAUCCGGCUGCAUUGAAGGGGAUUCGUUUGGAGCCUUCCAUUACACUACAAAUAAUCUACCAUGUGAUUAUGUACAAGAUAUCUGAGAGAAAAUGCUGAUCAUACACGUAUUGUUUACUAUUACAUGCUUAAUUUGUAUUUCUUUAAGCAUUUUUGUGCACACAGAAGUAUUUUUGUGUUGAGUCUUGUUAGUUAAACCGUCCCUUUCACUUCUUAUUGAUCACUACAGGAGAGGGUUUCUGGACCGUGGACACUUUAUUUAGCAGUUACAAAUCAGUUUUGGUUGGGGGGGGAAGCACAGGGUCAUUUGAUUGAACUUGUGUGUCUGUCUGUUAAAAGUAGUUCUUGCAGUUUUUUUUUUUUUUUUGGCGAUACCCCACUAAAAUGUCAUCACAUGAAGAUGCCACUGAUUUUACCACUUUGAUAUACACAGUGAGAUUGUAUGUCACUGUGUGUAAAAGUUGAACGCCUCAAACAUGUCUCUCUAGAAGUAUAUAGGACACUACAGUAGUCUUCAUCUAUGAUUGUUUUAUGUAUCUGUAAGCCAGCUGAGUAUCAGUUUAACUGUACAGCAAUAUUUGCAAAUCACACAUCACUGCUUCAUAGUGCCAAUGUUAUCACUCGUUAUAUAUAACAAUAAUAGUUUCUUUAACCAGCUGUUUGCCUUUAUUGCAAAAGUACCGAAUAACUGAAGCAAAUCGUCUUUAAUAUAGCCUCAUAAAGAAUGGAUAAGAUAGUGUACAAGAAUCGUAAAGAGCCCUGUUGUAUUUAAACAAUGUAUUCCACUUACUGUAACUGUUUACCACUUUUUGGAAAAAAAAAAUGGAGCUAAUGAAAUUGACUUAAUGAACAGAUCUAUAGCAUUGAUUUGAAAGACCAUCAGAAAACACCCGGGGCAUGAUUAUUGUCUGCAGUCCUUUGAAUGAUCAGACUUAACAUCGUGUUUAAUCAUUUGAAUAGGGACAAUCGCCUGAAAAAUCUCUCCCUCCGUUAUAUCUGCAAUGUGAAGGUUGGGUAUGAAGAAAUAAGUCGAAUUUCUACACGUCACAUUAAUGAAGGAUUUAUUUCUGCUUUAGUGUUAAAUACAAUUAAAACAAGUAUUCAACUAUGGAGCAUCAAAUCUCAAUUGAAGUAUAGACCGGUUUCUGAAGGUCUACGCCAUAACUGAAUUCCAAACAUUUAAUAAGCCAUAAAACAGGUGUUUGCAUUGAACAGAAACUUAAACUGAGCCCAGUUUUGCAGGCUGUUUCUAGUACACAUUACAAGACAUCACCUUCCUACCUGAUUUUCAUAUUUUUGUCAUAAACUGUGUAAAAUGAAGAUCCGUACAGGCUUAUGACAAGUCUCAUGUCUGAGAUGGUUUAAUCAUUGUUUGUUUCAUUCCUAGUAAUGACUAAUGUGUCUAAAAAAAUAAUAAUAAAUCACUGUGUGCUAUGUCCAAGUUGGCUGAGAAGUGACCAUGCCCCAUACGUUUUUGUACUUUAAGUAUUAUUUUUAUUGUCUUUAGUAAAAAAAAUUAUGUAUUAACUUGACAUUAAUCUACGUUCAUCUAAGUCCUUCAUAAAAAAUCUUAAUGUGGUUUUUUGUUUUGUUUUUUCCUUUCUUGGAUCAGCCUGUUCCUGUACAUGAAAUGAAGAUAACCCCCAAUAGUAAACUAUUUAAACCCUG